AAAAAUAAUAUUAAUAAUUUGUGUAUUAUUUAUCAAAACAAUUAUUUGUAAAUAAAAAUGGGUCAGUUUCUUGACAGUAAUAGACACAUGACUACUCGCGUAAUGUUUGAUGAAAAAAGCGAAAACGGAUUAAUUGUUGGUGGCAAAUACUUACCAGAAGAAUUAUUAGCAGAAAUUUUUUGCUAUGUAGAUUAUAACUCUUUAUUAAACUGUCAAUUGGUGUGUAAACUUUGGAAAAAUUUAAUUCAAACUUAUGUUUGGCGUAAAAAAGCUGAAAUUAUUUUUGGUCGAUCACUCCUUUUUGAUAAGGAGGUUCCUUGGCAUACAUAUUAUCUUAUGUGUAAAAAGAAACCUUUUGAAAGGAAUUUGAUAAAAAAUCAUUCUGGAGAAUACGGAACGCAAAAAUGGAAAAUUCUUGAUGAAGGUGGUGAUCGUUGGAAAGUAGAAAAUCCUCCAAUAGGAGUUUCACCUUUACCAAAUAAUGAAGCUAUUUUUAAAGGAAAUCAAUUCUGUUUUGUUACUUCUUAUAGAAGAUGCACUAAAGCACAAGUAAUUGAUCUAGAAAUUGAAGGAUUGACAUCAUAUGUCUUAGACAAUUUACAACCUUUAAUAGUGGUAAGUGAAUGGUAUAGUUGUCGUUGGGAUUGUCCAGCUAUCUAUGAAUGUAAAAUCAAAUUAUUAGGAGAAGAUAAUAAAAUCAUUGAUUCCUUUGAAUUCCAUGAUAGUAUUGAAGAAGAAAAACAAAAUGAAUGGCAUCAGAUAUUACAUGAAUUUAAGAACUAUGGACCUGGACUUAGAAGAAUUUGUUUUUGUCAUGGCGGUACUGAUAAAUUAUUUUGGGCAGGACAUUAUGGCAGCAAAAUGGCAGGUGCCUGUGUAUAUGUAAAAAUUCCCAUAGUUCAAUUUCGCAACAGUAAAGAAAUUAAUAUGUUAUCCAAAAAUUAUAAUACAAAACGUAUUUCUAAAAAAAAAUAAGCUAUAUUUUUAUUAAAAAUAUGAAUAAUAUUCAUACAAGUAAAAAAUAUUUUGAAUAUAUUAUUUAAAGUACAAUAUAUAAUAUUCAUAUAUUUUAAUAUUGAGAGUAUUUAUUAAAUUAUUAUAUAAAAAUUACAAUUUAAAAAUUUGUUUCUUUUUCAAAUAUUUUAUAUUAACAAUAUCUUUAAUUUAACAUAAUUUUUUACAUAGUAAAUAUUUGACUUUUAAAAACUAUAUGAUCAAAAAAAUUAAAAUUUAUAUUAAUGUGUGUAAUGAAUGUAAUUUAAAUGCUAUUUCAAUUAAAUUUUGUGGUGCAGAAUCUUGAUAACAUACAUAUAACUCCUUUGGAUGGGGAGUUGUAAAUAAUCGACCAACAACCC